AUGUAUAGUAGAGCUAAUACCAUUGCUAUGAAUGAUAUUUGUAUAAAUAAUUCAUAUAACCAAAUAAAGACUAAAUACAUACCAGACAUGUCUGGGAAAACAGCCUCCCCUGUGUCAACUACUGACUUUGAUGAAAUCAUUAAAGUUAUGUGGGGUAAUGAAGUAAAGGAAGAUGUAUUUAAAAGAUGGAAACAAGGUUUUAGGUUUAGUCCAGAUGAACCCACAGCACUUCUUCAAUAUGAAGGUGGCCCUUGUGCUGUCAUUGCUCCUGUUCAAGCCUUUAUUUUAAAGUCUCUGAUUAGUGACUGCUCAAAAAGAGAUUCAAAUUGGCAUGAGUUAGAUCCAGAAAUUGUUAGUAAAUUAUUAAUUCGGGCUCUCUGUGAAAUUCUUCAGCAAGCCUAUUCUGGCACAGGAAACAAAUUUGUUCUUGUUUAUAUGAAUGAUGCUGAUAAUUCAAACCAAGAAAAAAAAGCUUCCGUCGAUUCUGAAGAAGAAAAAAUCCAGGAAUUGUUACCAUCUAAUGAUCAUGCACAUUUUCACUCGCAAUUAAGAACACUGAGUUUUGAAAGUUCUGAAGAAGUUGAAGCCUACUAUUUGGAAAGGAUAGAUAUGUUGCGAGAAACAUUUGGUGUUUUACUGUUUCUUUACUCUGUUAUAUGUACUAAGGGAGUUGAAGCAUUGCACAGUGAAAUUACUGAUCCAGCCGAACCAUUUAUUGAUUGUGAGUAUGGUUAUGGAAGCCAGAGUCUUAUUAACCUUAUGAUAACUGGGAGGGCUGUAGCACAUGUAUGGAACAAUGACCAAGACAUCUGUGGUCUAAAGUUGAAAGGAAUCAAUAAGCAAAGUUCUGUUGGCUUCUUAACACUUCUUGAACAUCUAAGAUAUUGUGAGGUGGGAUCAUUUUUGAAAAAUCCAAUAAACCCAGUUUGGGUCUUAGGAAGUGAGACACAUUUAACAGUGUUAUUUUCCUUUGAGAAAAAACUUGUUAGUGCUGAAACACCAAACGAUGUAGCCAGAAGGGUUUUUAAAAGUUUUGACCCAGAAGGCAGAAAUUUCAUUCCAGCUGACCUUCUUCAAGAUGUAAUGAGUGCUUUAGAUCUUGUCGCUGACCCUGAAUAUGUAGAUAUUAUGAAAAAAAAAUUGGACUCUGAAAAUUUGGGAAUAAUACUUCUUCCAGCAUUUAUGGAUGAGUUCUUUCCAGAAGAAGCAGUCAACAUUCCGGAUACGUUUACAUUGCACCAUUACAAUGGCCUGAUCCGUUCUUGUCUAAAUAAAAAGGUUAAAUAUCAGGAAGGUCAUGCUAUACUGUUAGAAACCAAUGUUUUAUCGAUUUCUGAAAACAAUGGGAUGCAGACAUGCCUUCAGACGAAGUGGCCAAGUAUAGAAGUUCAAUGGAGCAGUGGUAUAACACCGUCUCUUAAUUAA